AUGGCGGAAUUCGUACGGGCCCAGAUCUUUGGCACCACCUUCGAGAUCACCUCGAGGUACUCGGACCUACAGCCCGUGGGCAUGGGCGCAUUUGGACUGGUCUGUUCCGCGAGAGAUCAGCUCACCAACCAAAAUGUUGCCAUCAAGAAGAUCAUGAAGCCGUUCAGCACUCCUGUCUUGGCCAAGAGAACAUACAGAGAGCUAAAACUGCUCAAACAUCUCCGACACGAGAAUGUCAUUUCCCUGAGCGACAUCUUCAUCUCCCCCCUCGAGGAUCUCUACUUCGUGACGGAGUUGCUUGGUACCGAUCUGCACCGACUCCUGACUUCGAGACCUCUGGAAAAACAGUUCAUUCAGUAUUUCCUCUACCAAAUUAUGCGCGGCUUGAAAUAUGUCCACUCAGCCGGCGUCGUGCACCGUGACCUGAAGCCCAGCAACAUCCUGGUCAACGAGAACUGCGACUUGAAGAUUUGCGACUUUGGCCUGGCGCGUAUUCAGGACCCCCAGAUGACGGGCUACGUCUCAACCAGAUACUACCGAGCACCCGAAAUCAUGCUCACCUGGCAGAAGUAUGACGUCGAGGUCGAUAUCUGGAGUGCCGGCUGCAUUUUCGCCGAGAUGUUGGAGGGCAAACCCCUCUUCCCUGGCAAGGAUCACGUCAACCAGUUCUCCAUCAUCACCGAGCUUCUCGGAACACCCCCAGACGAUGUCAUCAACACCAUCGCGAGUGAGAACACGCUCAGAUUCGUAAAGUCGCUGCCCAAGCGUGAGAGGCAACCGUUGAAGAACAAGUUCAAGAACGCUGAUCCUGCUGCGAUCGACCUCCUGGAACGCAUGCUUGUGUUCGACCCUAAGAAGCGAAUUACUGCCACCGAGGCCCUGGCCCACGAGUACCUCGCACCGUACCACGAUCCCACCGAUGAGCCUGUGGCUGAGGAGAAGUUUGACUGGAGUUUCAACGAUGCAGACCUGCCCGUAGACACUUGGAAAAUAAUGAUGUACUCGGAGAUUCUUGAUUAUCACAACGUCGAGUCGAAUGUUCAGCAGCAUCAGCAGCAGUCGCAACAAGCCGAAGAGCAGUUCAACGGCCAGUAG